GAGCCAAAAUAACUCCACUCAGUGCGCAGCUAUGACUAAAUGUCUGGAGCAAUCACCACAAGAGAGACAAACACAGUCUGAGCUACUUCUUCAGGAAGACAAGGAACUUUGAACAGGGCUCAGCGUUCCUCUCAGAUCUGGGACAGAAGAACAAAAAGGGCUCUCAUUGGAUUUGAGGAGCCGAGCGCUGCUACCUCACAGCCAUGAGUUCUCAGACGAGCUUUGGCAGCAGCAUGCUGUUCCAGACGAUAAAUGAUGAUCUGAAUGCAUCGCUGGCUACAGCAGAUGAGUUAUCCAGAGAGUUCAACUCCAUGCUGAAGGAGGCCUCCUCCAACAACAACAACACAAAGGCUGAGUCUCAGACCAGCCCCACCGGGCUGUCCAACACCUCCAUCUUUACGAGGGGGUCAAGUGGCAGCAGUAAUGGCAGCUCCAGCUCCAAGCCUUUCUCCCCGAGCUCAACAACUUUCCAUUCCGGGGAUGUCUUCUCCAGCAAUAAAAACACACCAUCCCCCCCUACUGUCUUCUACCACAGCCCACACUCAUCCCCCGAGAUCCAGAGGAAGGCACGCUCUCCACUUCCUCAAGCUGGUUCCGACAUCUACUCGUACGUCCAGAAGAGCCCCAGACAUUCGCCUCACACCCCGAGGCGUAAUUCCCCCGUUCGUUACGACAGCAGCCCACGGGGCUCAAUCAGUUACGUGGAUAGAAGCCCUUCUCCGAGCCCCACGGCUUCUACUUUUGAGCAGCGACCUUGGCCUACCUCGCCCCAGCCCUCCUCCAACCUGCUGAGCCCGUACGACAGCGGCCAGAUGGGCCGCAGGUCGCCUCGCACAGACAGAAGCCGCUCUCCUUUGUCUUUCAAUCCAGGAUCCAGCACGCUCCCUCGAAAUUUUGGAGGUUUCAGGCAACCUGAUGAGGGUGUGCAGCGGCAAAAGAGUUCUGGCAAGUGGAAUGAGACAGAUCUUGACGUGUCCUACGAGAAGAAAUCUCACCACACCUAUGACAAGACAGACUGGCUACGGCCGUCUGUGCCAAACAGCAGCUGGAGAGAGUCCAACCUCGAUGGCCCUCCUCCGGCCCCGAGCCCCAAAAAGGAUCCUCGCUCUCAGUCUCUCCUGUUUUCCAAUGCCUCUCUCCCCCGUAACACGCGUAUAACAGUACCUCCAGAUGUUUCAUCCCCAGUCCACUCCCCUUACCACCCUCAGCCCAUCAUCUCCCGUAUUUCCAUUCCCCCGACUUCUACUCAGUCCCGCCAGCGCAAGCCCAUCCCUCUCUCCGUCAUCAUGCGUCUCCAAAACCCCCGCUGGGAAGCGACGACAACCCGCCACCGCAGAGUCCUGGGAGGAGAGGGUGACAUGGCACCUUACCAACCACCUGUACCCAUGCCGAGGGAGUACUUCCUCCAACAUGUACCCCACCCACUGCAACACCCACCUGAGCUGAGACAGCCAGCAGUGUACAGUGACGCGCUGAACUCAGGGGAUAUAGACGCAGAGUUAGAGCGGCUGGACUUGGUUCAUCACAUACCUGUGAUUUCGGAGAAUACCAGCAUGCCAGAAGGCAAAGGGGAGGGCGCUCCUCAAGCUCCCCGGCCCCUCAGCCCCACCAGGCUACAGCCAGUGGUGGCCCCUGAGGCCCAGAGCCAGGAGAUUCCUAAUCUGGAGGAGCUGCUCCGCAUGCGGGCAGAAAUCCCCCGGGCCCUGAAGAGACGGGGCUCCUCGGACCAGUCGCAGCCCCUGAAGAGGGCCUCCCAUUACCAGCCCAACCAAUACAAGAAUCUCAUCGACAAGCUUUUUCGCAGGAAGGAACGCCGCCAGAAGGGGGAGCAAGGUAGCGAGUCCAGCAGCUCCUCAGAGGGAGAGGACUUUGCUACGCCUCCUGCCCCUCUACCUGCAUCCACGAUGCAUCCUGAAUUCAGAUGCUACCAUUCCAUUCUGCGGCAGGCCAAGCGGGACAAAGGUACUGGGAGGCGAGCUCGCCUCAGCCCACUCGUCCUGCUGCUGGACGGAGCGUUGGUCGGAGAACUUGAGACAGUGCAGAGGGCCGUGCAGGAGAUGAACGACCCUAGCCAACCCAAUGAUGAAGGCAUCACUGCCCUUCACAACGCCAUCUGUGGGGGACAUUACAAUGUGGUGGAUUUCCUGGUUCGCAUUGGAGCCAAUGUCAGCGCACCAGAUAGCCACGGCUGGACUCCGCUGCAUUGUGCAGCUUCUUGUAACGACCGUCCUCUGUGUGAGUUUCUGGUGAGGAACGGAGCCGCCGUCGUGGCCAUGACGGAGAGCGACGGUGCUACCGCCUCCCAGAAGUGUGAUCCUUACGCUGUAGGGUUUGAGGAGUGCGAGACCUUCCUUAGGGGUGUGGAGGAGGCCAUGGGGGCGGAGAACAGCGGGGUGCUGUACGCUCUGUGGAGCUACCCGUCUCAGGCAACCGACGAGCUGGGCUUCAAAGAGGGAGACAUGGUCACCAUCCUGCAGAAAUCCGAAGGCUCGGACUGGUGGUGGGCCUCGCUCUGUGGCAGGGAGGGCUUCGUUCCAAACAACUACUUUGGGCUUUUCCCAAAGGUUCGACCCAAAUCUCUCUGCUAAGCGGUGUCUUGAUGAUGGUCAAACUAGAGCAGAGGACUGCGUGUGCUUUACAGCUUCACACUGUUAUUUGACAGGACUGCGUCUGUGUGAUUAUGGAAAGGCUGUGAAAUGGUUUUGAUCUGUCAGUCAAGGAGAGUUGAAGGAGAAGUCUCGGUAUUCGUUUACGGCUCACUGACGAGGAUACAUCUCUCUAGACUAGAAGACAUCUCUGCUGUAGGAUAUUUUUUUUCUAGUGAAGCUACAGCUCUGCACUGUGCUAAACCUCUUCUGUCAAACUACGCCUGUCUAUCCAAAGGUUACAAAGGGCCGUGUUCCCUGCUGUUUUGCUCAGCUGUGUUCCAGUCAGACGUCGACCUUUCUGACUCAUUGGCUGGUUGGUAAUCAGAAUGCAAACAGUGGCUGUAGUCCACUCAUCAGCGAGGUCAAUGUAGCUGUGUGCCGUCAACAAACACGACCCAUGAUUGCUCAAUUUAGAAAAGGGCUGCUUCAAUCAGAGCAAAAGCAACCUACUCAUUACUGGAGGAGAGUUGUCUGCUGCUAGGUCAAAGAAGCAUCGAGAGAGCGGUCAGGAGUUAACAUUGAGCUUUUAUUCUUUUAUGAUAUUGCUAACUCUACGUACAUAUGACUGUUUUUGCAAAUAGUUUUUCUGAUGAAUCCUAACAAAAGCCACACUCGUGAUUUUACAAGCUAAAUAUUCUUUUCGAACAUGUGUUUCGUACAAAUGUGGCUGUAGACUUUACAUAUUUUUGAAUCAGCCAAAUUUAGCUGCAUCUGGCUGGUUUCUACUUGGCUCUAGUCCUAACACACCAUGUAGGCAUUUUAUGCUGCCUAUAUAAAUUAAUCUCUUUGGAAGAAAACAUUUUUCUAUGACAUUGAAAGUGGUCUUUUUGUGGAUGUGUGUGUAUUCACUGUGGUAGAAUGAAUGUUUGGUGAUGCAUUUGUUUUGUGUUUUUAUUAGUUUCCAGUGUAACACUUUUGUUGCGAGGGGCCGCUGCGCACGUAAAGGGGGACUAAGCCCAUUUUUAAGAUUCAUAUAUGUUAUUCCUAUGGUCUAAGACAAUUAAAAAACAUGAGUAAACAUAAACAACUAUCUCCCAAAUCCAAAAACUAGAGUGCUAAAACAUAAACUUGCGAUGUCAUUGGGUAUAAAGUGUGGAGCUGCUCCAUAGACAAUUAAUUGGUAAAGAUGUUCUAGAUCAGUGGUUCCCAGCCUAUUGUCCUUGAAGCCCCCCUAAUUGUUUCCAAGAAAAGCUGAUGUCAUCCGCCUUAAAGAAAUUACAAAUCCUCAAAAAAAUCCUCAAUUUGAAUAAAGUGAUUCAGUGUAUUAAAUGAGUUAGUCUUUUUUUUUAUUAAAUAAAUUAAAUUGAUGUUGCUGUUAAAUUACUACUAGACCACCCCGUUAAUACAGGUGUGUGCCUGCCUUUGUGCGGGGCCAUGGUUUUUGACCAUAUUGAACAUUUUUGAAAGGCUAAACGCCAACAAAUAUGGAUUGAAGCAGAAUAUUUCAUUAGAUAAAAACAUGUUGUGAAUUUUGGAAAUGAGUACAUCUAUCUUUUUCAAUAAAUGUUGACUUUUGGACUUUACAACGCUCUGGAGUUAUUAGAAAUGUUUGGUUCACACAAGUCGGAAACAAUCCUACACAGCCACCACUGGAAUCUAAUUCUAUAAAUAGUAUAAUACUAACAAUAUUAUUGUAGUCUGAUCUUUAUCUGCUACUGUGCCUAAAUACCAGGUUUGAACAGAAGGUGACCUUCUAGUAGCAAUAAAUAUAUAUUCUUUUGUAGAAAUUAUAUACAGUUAGACAUGUGCAAAUCUACUUUUGACAACCUCAGAGCAGACAAAUCCUGGCGCACCCCCUGUGAUCUUUGGCGAUCAGUCUCCCAUUCAUCGUCUAUAAAGCAACUCUAGACUUUAUGGUUGAUGAUAUCACAAGUUUGAGACUAACUUCUCUGGUUUCUGUCUUUGAGAGAGAGAGCAGCUCAUGUUCACAAAUACUGAUUGAACAUUCCUCGGACGUGGAAAGAACAUAUUAAAAUUCUUAAUUUGGCUGGUGUUCCCCUUUAACCUGUAACACCUCUCAAAGGGUGACCAAAUGUUUAAAAUACUCAAUAAAUACAUGAAUCACAUGUUUUUUUGGUUUCCAUUGUAAUCGUUUGUUCCAGUCGUGUGUUUGUGGUUUAAAAUAAGAAAUAUGAAAUGUCCCUUACUGACCAGCAGAUGACACUGUAUAAUCAAAAAUAAACUCAGCACAUUUACAUGUGUCAAUGCUACCAGCAAAUGUAAACUAACAUAUAGUAAAACACCAUUUAUUGAGGCCAUUUUGCAGCAGCAUCAGUGUGUGUCAUAUUAAACCACUUUGUUUCUUCUUC